AUGGCGGUGGUGUUGGUGGUGAGGGCCGUGAGCUCCUCUCCGCUGGGAUCAGGGCAUCAAGGUAUGUCCCCCAAAGUGUAUCAGGGUAUCAACCCCACAGGGUAUCAGGGUACCCCCACCACCACAGGGUAUCAGGGCACCACCCCCACAGGGUAUCAGGGCACCACCCCCACAGGGUAUCAGGGUACACAGAUGGCCUUCGGGGGUCAGUGCGGGCCAGUGUUUCCCCCUGUCCUGGCCGGGCACCUGGAGUCCCCGAGUGGUGUGGUAAUCAUAAAGUACAGUGUGCAGCUUUGUGCCGGGGGGAGACACAUGUUCCUGCUGCUGGUGGGGGUUUGUCAGAGGAACGGCAUGUCUGCUCGGACCUCUCACAGCUGUUGGGGCAGUGGACCUGUGCAACCCCUCCCUCUGUCCCCGGAGCAGCCACGGCCACAUAAACAGGAUGCUUUGCCUGUGUACGAGCACAAGUGUGGGAGACGGAGCCCAGUGCAAUAA